UGCUUUGAAAUUUCGAUUUGUCAACUUCUUACUCUUCCCUCCCCAUCGACGCGCUCCAUCGGGUCAUUUUAUGAGCGAGCGAGCACUUGCACAUACUGCGUGUCAACAAUCGUCAACUUUACGCCCAAUUAAUUACUCCUCCUUCCCUCUCAUCAACGACCGGUUUUCAAGUCAACAAUCCGCAAUGAUGAUGCCGUCAGUCUUCUCGCUGACCGGCAGAGUCGCGAUACUCCUCAUCGGCGGAGCCAGCGGCCACAUGAUUAUGAAUUCGCCGACCCCGUACAACCUGAACAUCCAACCGCUGCUUCAAGUCGACCCCCUUAGCGGCGAUUCCUAUCCGUUCCCCUGCCACAACCAGUACGGGUUUACCACCCGUACUUUGGUUGAGGCUGGCGGCUCGACUCUGGUGAACUUUACUGGCGGCGGCCAGCAUGGCGGCGGAUCUUGCCAGUUCAGCAUCACCUACGACGAGCCCGUCAACGGCGGCGACUGGAACAAGUCGGCCAAGUUCAAGACCAUCUACAGCAUCAUCGGCGGCUGCCCUGCCGUCUUCACGGACGAGACUCACAAUCUCGCGCCGGUCGCCAUGGACAAGAACAUGCGCCAGGAUAGCCAGCACUGCGGCAACGACUCUGGCAUUGACUGCAUUCGCCAGUUCAUGGUUCCCAUUCCCAAGUUCCUCAAGAACGGCCCGGCCACUUUCGCUUGGACUUGGUUCAACAAGCUGGGCAACAAGGAGAUGUACAUGUGAGUGGUUUAUCAUCAUUGAGCUGAUGACUUUUUUAUUCUUCUUUCCUUUUUUAU